UAAUAGACGGUCUUUGGGUCCGAGUGCGUUUGUAAAAUGAAUUCUAUGGUGUCGUCAGUUCCGUAAAGCGUUCCUGCUGGCUUCAUAAAAAAAAAAAAAACAAGAAAGAGGAUAUUUGCGAGCAGUUUGAAGACUUUAACUGGCUAUGUUAUUUAAAUGGUUAUAAACGAAACGCUCCAUUGCUUCCCACAGGCAGUUUUUCUCCUUGGACUGACAAAAGACCAGGCUCCGUUAAGCCUCGCAUGAACUGGGAUGCACAGCUGCUAGCCUGUAUUAGCUUGCUGCUCCUUUAGCUUCCCGACCAGCUCUGUUUUAACGGCGGGGCCAAGCACACCAUAUAGUGCAUUAUGACAGACAGCAUCCUGAGUAAAGCUGCCACAAUGGAGAUUCCUAUCAACAGCAAUGGUGACACAGGGACACUACCAGAAGACGACGGCCUGGAACAGGCUGCAAAGCUGCAGUGGAGCUUAGAUGAGAAGGUAGGGAGCUCCAGAGGCACCAGGGACCUACAGCAGGUGAUGGUAUCAGGUCCCAAUCUAAACGAGACUAGCAUUGUGUCAGGGGGGUACGGAGGAACAGCAGAGGGUAUCAUCCCCACCAGCUCAAUAAAAGGCCCUGCUGUGCGCUACAAUGCAGAUUUUAACAAAAGGAUCCCAGUUACAGGACUAGGUUCCAACAUGCACCACAGCAGCAGCAGCUCGUCAGUGAUGGCAGAAGAAACAACCCGUGGUGUGGCUGUGGAAAAACUAGAAACAGUGAAGAAGUGGGGUCUCAACACAUACAAGUGCACAAAGCAAAUGAUAUCGGAGCGUUUCGGUCGGGGUUCCCGGACCGUGGACCUGGAGCUGGAGGCUCAGAUCGAGGUGCUGAGAGACACUAAAAGGAAAUAUGAGAAUGUGCUACGAUUGGCCAGAGCACUGACCGAUCACUUCUACAACAUGGUGCAGACGCAGCAUGCGCUGGGUGACACCUUUGCUGAGCUCAGUCAGAAAUCCCCAGAGCUACGGGAUGAAUUUGGCUACAAUGCUGAGACACAGAAAUUGCUGUGUAAGAAUGGGGAGACUCUACUUGGUGCCAUUAACUUUUUUGUGUCCAGCAUAAACACGCUAGUCAACAAGACCAUGGAAGACACCCUGAUGACGAUCAAGAUGUAUGAAAAUGCCAGACUGGAGUUUGAUGCCUACCGGUCAGACCUGGAGGAGCUCAGUAUGAAUCCGAGGGACGCUGUUGCCAUGUCCCAUAUAGAUGCUGCUCAGCAACAGUACCAGACCCAAAAGGACAAGUAUGAACGUCUCCGCUCGGAUGUUACCAUUAAACUCAAGUUCCUGGAUGAGAAUAAGGUGAAGGUGAUGCAUAAGCAGCUCCUCCUUUUCCAUAAUGCUAUCUCAGCGUACUUUGCUGGCAACCAGCAGCAGCUGGAGCAAACACUGCAGCAGUUCAACAUAAAGUUGAGGCCUCCAGGGGCUGACAAGCCCUCCUGGUUAGAGAAGCAAUGAGAGGGCCUGCUGGGCCUCCUGCAGCCUCCUUCUCGACCACCUCCACCUGUUACCUGUUGAAAUCCCCAACUUACCGAGGACCACUACAGAGGGAAACGCAUACAGAUAAUUUGGUGGAUGAAGACAUGAGAUGUGCAGCUGGAUGAUUGGACAGGGUAUUAUUGGUGAAUGAGCAAAAUACAGCAGGAAACAAAGUGGCCAGUUUCAUGAACAGUCAGGGUGCUUCUUAGUGCCUCUUUUCCCAAUUUUUCUUUUUUCACUCAAACUUUCUCAUUGCGCUUUGCUCCUAGAGAAACUUUCCAUGUCUCCCUUCAGUCUCUCUCACCUGACUUUUCUUGUGCAAUCUCAUUUUGCUUUCUGGGCUUGUGGUAGUCGUGUUUAUAUGGCUGUUAUUGUACUCCUCAAGUGCUCCCAGUGCUCUGAGUUACACUCCACACCAUCUUAGUAAUAGAGGCAGAUGAGUCAAGGAGGUUGAUAAAACACACGCUAAGAUGUAAGGAAAAAUCAGAACUCUUCCAUAUGUUAUCAUUCUCCUAGUGUGCCUCCUUAUGUGCUAUGAGCUUAUAUUCUAAAUGAAUACGUGGCCUACAGGAAGAAGGAUAAGUUCAGAAAAAUAUUUAAACUACACAUGAAUGGGGUUUUGUAUUGUACACUGGAAACAUUUCAAAUUAGACAUUUUGAAUCAAUGUACAUUUCCAAAUAAGUACUGUUUUACUUUUGAAGUAUUCUAUGAUUGUUUGUAGCUCAUAAAAACAUGCUGCUGUGUGUAGUUUAGUUUUUGCUUAAUUUGAUUGUCUUCUGUUUCUUUUCCAAUCAUUUCACUUCUAGUCACCUGUAUGCCCAUGCUUCACAAUGAAGGGCAGCGUGUGCUGGUGUUUUAGACUGCAGGUGCUGCAGUGCUUGGUCUGUACUGUCGUUAUUAGAAGUGCUACAGAUUCCAGUUGUAACCGGGAAAUUCUUUGAUUUCAUCUCAUAUAUGCAACAAUCAUUUAAGGAACGCUGCCACUGCUUCCCAAAGUUAUGCUGGUUUGGGGUCUUUUACUGUUUGUAUUAUAUUUACCCAAAGAGAACUGAGCGAGAUGUUUAUUGGAUGUGACCCUUUUUAUGGUUUCAUGGGUUAUUUAAGCAACAUUGAUUGGUUCAGUCUCACUGAACUGAGGAGGCUUUGAGAGAAGGGUCAUGUCAGUCAGUUAAGCUGAACAGAUUUGAACGGCGUCUUCAUUUAUUUAAUCAUUUAUUGGACUGAAUUUAAAAAGAAUGAAUUUCUUUUACUUUCACAUUGAUAUGGUAGAUUGAAUUGUGUUUUUUGUUUUUAAAGUUAGUAAUGGAGUGUCACUGACAUCUGUAGGGUCAAAUCUUUCAGUCCUCCUAAAGCUGAAGAUAUUUGUGUAUGGUUACCUCUUCACACUGAAGAUUACUGUAGCUGUCUAAUAUUACUUAUCAUAAUGUUUCAAUAUAAAAUCAUCAUCAUUUAGUAGUUGGGGACUGGGAUAACACUAAUGAAACAUUGUCUUAGAAUAAUGGUAGUAAACAAUCAUCAGUUGUUGACAGUUAAGAGAAGGUACUCAUGUCAUGUAAUUUUAUGCAUUGCUGUAUUUAUUGUGUUCAUUUUGUGACACUAACAUGGAAAGAUGCUUCGGGCUAACCAAAUCUGUAAUUGUUUUCUCCAAAAAACAGCUAAUUAAUGAAUUGAUUUUUAGUUAAUUAAUUUCCUAUUGUCAAACCUCUGAAGAUAAUCCAAUAUGAUGGAUGUUGUGUCAUGCUGCAUUUAACUCAUGGAGGCCUCCGGUAACAGAAGGGAGAGCUCUAUAAAAUCUUCAUCAGUUAAUGUGUUUAUUCCUCCAGCUUCUUGUCUCCUCUGUAUUUGCAUGGCAGGCAGCAAUCCAGAGUACAGGUGCAGAUAUGUGUGAAUGCACUGACAGUCUCCUUUUGGCCUUCUGUGUGCCAGCUCACAUGGACUGGCACAGCGCCGUGCUUACAGUAGAUAUGACUUUCAGACUGGCUGAAGCAGAAUCCGGUGUUUGGGGUUUGCUUUUAGGACAAUUAUGAAAGUGGAUUUGAUUGCUGAUGAAGAGCCAAUAUCAAAAAGUGAUUUCUAAGAUUGGUUAGGCUUGUGUUUUCUGAAUACUUAUGUGUAGGUGUGUCAACUCAGUGUCUUCUAUAGUGGCUGAGGAAAUCAGUAAGACCUUGGCUUCACUUGUGACUACAGUUGCAGUUUCACUGGCCAGCUCCUAGUCUGACUGCCACAAAGCAAUAUCAACAAAAUGUGACUCCUCUUUUCCAAACAUGGCCCUCUGAAAUUCCUAACCCCAACACCAAAAUGAAGAUUUAUAAAAUGAUAUAUUUUAUUUGUGUACAAUCACUAUUUUCUAGGCUGAGCAGGUGUGUUGUACUGUAUGACUGAUUGCAUAUAAUGAUGUUUACUGUAAGAUGACAAAUGUUAUGCCAUGGAUUGAUGUAAUACUCUGCCUUCGUUCCUUACUCAGACCUGAGAAGUCCCACCCCACUCCAAUGGGAGCAAAAUUAAAAGUACACAUUUU